AUGCCAAUUAAGAAGGAGAAAACUGGUCCCAGUGCAUGGAGUACAAAGUACAACUGGUUUCAGAAGUAUGCCCUAAUAUUUAUUAGCUCCUUCUGUUCCGUUCUAUACUCCACUAUUUUAUGUACUGGAGCAAUAGCCCACAACUGUUAUCAAGCUAUUACGGGCGAGAAUAAGUUAAAGCCACCGGACAUUGAAGUGAGAGGCCACGGGUAUGUACCCAGGCAAGCUUUUGAAGACAUGAAGACUCUCAAGGCUACAGACGAUUUGCAAUACUACGUUCAAGCAUUGGGUUUAGAUUUAGAACAGUACGAUGUCACGACAUCUGAUGGGUAUAUUCUUAUGUUGCACCAUAUUAUAGACCCAAAGGAGACACAAGAACAGCGAGAUUUGAGAAAGCCUGUAUUUUUGCAGCACGGACUUUUGUCGUGCUCCGGUACGUUUAUAGCAAGCGGACGUAAUUCAUUGGCUUAUUACUUUCACGAGCAAGGCAAUGAUGUGUGGAUGGGUAACAAUCGAUCAUGGUUCAAGGCAAGGCACUCAACUAUGAAAGGCAACUUGUACAACAGCGAGUUGUACUGGAAAUGGGGGAUGAAAGAGUUGGCUUAUCUGGACUUGCCUGCAAUGAUCGAAACAGUAAUGAGCAUGAAACCAAAGCAUGAAAAGUUAACUUUGUUUGGCCAUCUGCAAGGUGGUCUUCAAAGUUUCCUCAUGUUGCUGCAUCCACAAUUUUCAUUUAUCCACGAAAAAAUUGACUUAUUUGUACCGUUGGCACCAGCAAUUUACCCGGGUCAAUUAUUUUACACGCGAUCAUUCAUUGAAAUACUUGUCAAGUUCCCCAAGUCUGCGUGGACUUUUGUAUUUGGAUUCUGUGCUAUGCUUCGAAACUUGUGUCUUGUCCGUGAUUAUAUCGCCCAAACGUGGUUGUUUGGCAAGCUAUCCUAUUACAUGUUCAAAUUCUUAUUUGGCUGGAGUGCUCGAAACUGGGGCGAUGAUCAAUUUGUCUGGCACAUUCUUUUUAUUUUCAACAUGAGCUAUGUGUCAGUAGAGUUGAUGCAGUAUUAUUUGGCUAAAUUUGCACCGGGGGGGUUUGUGGAGAUGUUGCAACCAAAGGAAACGUAUUUUAAUGGUGAGCAUUACUCUGAAAACACAUACAAAUCUAACGAUUCAGAUAUGACCUUCCCAUUCCACAGCUCUUGGUUUAAGGAAACUUGCAAGGUGCCAAUAUUAAUAUUUGUUGGUGGCGAUGACUAUCUCGUUGAUGGAAAGCGGUUAAUCUCACAUAUGCAACAUUAUGAACCGGAAUAUAUCGAAGGAGAAAAUUUGAAACACUUUGAAAUCCCCACGUAUAAUCACUUAGAUGUUUGCUGGGCUGAAGACGUUAUUGGGACUAUUGGAUACGCGGUGAGCAAAGAGUGGGAAAGAAUGGAGGCAAAUAGACAAGAAGACUGA